UUCUGAUCGACUCACUAGCUAUUAGACUACCUCUCUAGUUAACAAAAUUCAAGAGGGGGCCCGGUCACCACAGCCCUGCCCACCUGCAGUUAAUGGUCUUCUCCAAAUAUAAAUGCUCAAUCGAGCUAUUAUAACUCUUCUAAAUGGCUGAAGAAUUAGAAGUAGACUUUGAAUUUGUGAAGGCUAUCUACACCUUCACUGGUGAAGGCCCAGCAAUUCCUUUGCCGUUUGCCGAGUGCACAGUGGUGCUAGUAGCUGAGAGAACAGAUGAUGGGUGGUGCAGAGGCUUUUCUUGUGGCAAAGAGGGGUGGUUCCCGACCUCCUAUGUCAAGCCACUGGCCAACAGUGAGCUGAUACAGCGAGGUAUCAAACCCUCUGCCCUAGCUGCAGUGCUGCACUCAACAGAGUGGAUGGCCCUCGGGACUAAUGAGGACAAAGUCUACUACGUCAACACCUCCAACCAGACAACCACCUGGGACCUGCCAGUAGUGACUGCCCUUCCUACGGCUAUACCCUCUGAGCCCAUCCCCCCCACUGCAACCAAUGGGCACAAACACCAGCAUAUCGAGCCCUCUAAAGCACAAAAGCCCAAGAAACCAAAGUACAUUGUGGUAAAUGGAGUAACAUUCAUUGAGAACAUAGAUGACCAACUACCCUUAAAUCCCAAUGAGAUGAGUUAUGUGGAUCACUUCUGGGCGGACAAAGGAGAUCAGACGGGCUAUGACAUUAUUUUAGAAAAACACUUGAACGGCAAGUAUGCCAUGAAAGAUAUGGUGGAGUUCUUCAAAGAAAGAGCUGCCAUUGAGGAGCAAUACGCUAAGGCCUUGUUAAAGCUGUCCAAGUCAACACUGGCAGACAAUGAAGAAGGUACCAUUGGCAAAGCAUGGCAGUCGAUGAAGGCUGAGCUGAGACAUCGCUCAGAAGCUCAUGGAAAAUUUGUUGAGCAGCUUCAAAAGGAAAUGGAGAAACCACUGUUUGAAUUUAAAGAAUCACAGAAGAAGGGAAGAAAGGAGCAUCAACAGAUUAUGGACCGGUCACGUAAACAAGUUCAAGCGUUUGAUACCUCCAUUGAUAAGAUUAAAGGUGUUGUAUCAGGCAAGCCUCACAAAGUGAAAAGGCCUUCUUCUGACGUUGACCUCAAGAACAUUCUCAGAAGAAGAACAAGUGCUGGUAAUCCUGGGGAGGACCUACGGAAACUGGAGGAAAAUUAUAACCAGGCACAGGGGCAAUGGAUGGACAAUAUGAUUAGCGCUUGUGAUGACUAUGAGAAACAGGAGGAUGAACGAUCUACUUUCCUAAAGGGACACUUCUUGCAGUACAUUGGUAUCUGCUGUACAGUAGAUGAAGCCAGUGCUGAGUCAUUGUCAAGAGUAAAUGAUGCAGUGGACAGGAUUAACAGCAAGGCAGAUAGAGAGUUCUUUAUCAAGACAAAGGGAACUGGAACUACGAGACCAGUAGAUCGUGUCUUUGACUGAUAUGUCCACAUCCUUUUUAUAUCCCCUUAUCCCCUUUCUGUUCUUUGUUUUGUUUAUGGUGCAUAGCUUUGCUUAGUUUAAAUUGUCAUUAA